AAUUCUCAUUUAUUUAGAAAAUACAAUACACACCCCAGUUAUGGGCGACUGUGUUGCUAAUAAUCUGCCAAUUUGACAAGUCUUUAAUAACAGGGCCUUUUUUUUUUCUUAUUUUUUUAAUCGUUGUUAUUUUUAUAAAUUACAAAAUGGCUGCUAAGAAUCUCCCAAAAGUUUUUUUUGACAUUGCUGUCAAUGGUAAACCCUCAGGUCGUAUGACAUUCAAGCUCUUUGCUGAUACAGUUCCUAAAACUGCAGAAAACUUUCGAGCCCUUUGUACAGGUGAAAAGGGUGUAGGCCAAUUUGGAAAGCCCUUACACUACAAGAAUAGUUUCUUCCAUCGUAUUAUUCCCGGAUUUAUGGCUCAAGGUGGAGAUUUCACUUUUGGUGAUGGUCGUGGUGGAGAAUCCAUUUAUGGCGCAAAAUUCAAUGAUGAAAACUUUACUUUAAAGCAUACCGCUAAAGGUGUUUUAUCUAUGGCUAAUGCUGGUCCUAACACAAAUGGAUCUCAAUUUUUCAUUACAUUUGACAAGACUCCUUGGUUAGAUGGUAAUCAUACAGUCUUUGGACAAAUUGUUGAAGGUAAUGAUGUAUUGGAUCUUUUGGAAAAAUACGGUACUCAAAGUGGUAGACCUACUGCAAAGAUCGAAAUUAUUGAUUCUGGAGAAAUCAAGAACUAAAUCUCUAAAUUUUAUUAUUAUUAUUAUUAUUGUUUCCUAAUAAAAAUUAUUGUGAUGUUGGCUAUUGAAU